GCUAAUUGACAAUGUUUUACCCGCUAGCUUCCAGGGGACAUCCGCUCCGGCCGGACAGCAAUGGGACGACUGCGAUUUUCAUCCAAAAAAAAUCGAGUUGAACCUUGUAAUGAGCGUCAAACGUUGAACAAUUGAUAGUUUUAGUGUUUUAAAUUUCUUUAUGGUUUAUUUCGGCCCUGGUUGUGAAGCGAGUGGAACUCGGCUGACUUGUUCGUCUCGGGGAAGGAAGUUUGUUGUGGCGAAGGAAGCGUAGGAAACCGGGAGGGCCGAAACAUCCCGUCAUGAUGGAGGACUUCGGCUCGGCUCUGGAGAAGAACGUCGCCGACCUCACGGUGAUGGACGUCUACGAUAUCGCGGCGGUGGUGGGCCAGGAGUUCGAGCGGAUCAUAGACCAGUACGGCUGCGAGGCUCUGUCCCGGCUGAUGCCCAAAGUGGUGCGGGUGCUCGAGAUCCUGGAGGUGAUGGUGAGCCGCAGCAGCAUGAGCCCGGACAUCGAGGAGCUGCGGCUGGAGCUGGACAGGCUGCGGCUGGAGCGGAUAGACCGGCUGGAGAAGGAGAAGAAGCACAGACAGGAGUUGGAGCGGGUGGAGGAUGUGUGGCGGGGAGAGGCCCAGGACCUCCUGUCCCAGAUUGCUCAGCUGCAGGAGGAGAACAAGAACCUCCUGUCCAACAUGUCCCUCAAAGACUCCGUGAACGAGGAGGACCUGCAGAGGCACGAGGGUAUGACGGAGAGGGAGAAGCAGGUGAUGAUGAAGUUGAAGGAGGUGGUGGACAAGCAGAGGGACGAGAUCCGAGCGAAGGACCGCGAACUGACGCUGAAAAACGAGGACGUGGAAGCACUCCAGCAGCAGCAGUCCCGCCUCAUGAAAAUCAACCACGACCUGCGGCACAAGAUGUCCGUGGUGGAGGCUCAGGGCAAAGCGCUGAUCGGGCAGAAGGUGGAGCUGGAGGCCGGCGCCCAGGCGCAGGCGCAGGAAGUCUGCGCCCUGAGGCAGGAAGUGGCGCGUCUACGGGAGCGUCUCCACGGAGAGCCGGCGGCGCAGAGCCCCGAGGAACUCCUGGUGCCUCAGCCCCCGUCACCGGCAGAGCGGGAUAAGAGCACCGAAGUGGUUUUGAACACUGAGGGUUGGUCAGACAGAACGGGCGCCUGCCGGCUGACGCCGGGGGGCUUCGAGCCGCCUCCGCAGAUCCAUGCUUCCUUCCUCAGUUCAGAAGGACGUGAAGAUGAGGAGGCCGAGGACGAAGCUGCGUUGCUUUGGGAGGCGAUGUGUGAUGAGGACAUGCCUGGUGUGUUCCAAUAUUUCACCAAGGAGGCGAUGUGUGAGGAGGAGUCGGUCGGACUGGACCCAAAGGACCCCAACCGGCCCCGCUUCACGCUGCAAGAGCUGAGGGACGUCUUGCACGAGAGGAAUGAGCUGAAGGCCAAAGUGUUCCUACUGCAGGAGGAGCUGACGUACUACAAGAGUGAUGAAGUAGACGAUGACAUCGCAACUCCUUCUCCAUCUCCCUCCCCCGAGCUGAGGACCCGCUCUCGGUCGUCCACCCAGCCCGAAUCGGGAAUUAAGCGACUGAUCUUCACAGCCAUAAUGCCGAUGGUGGCGGCUGGUUUGAUCCCAGAUGACCCCACUUUACAGCCAAUCAGACGCCUCAUGUCGCUUGUUUAGCUUCUUUUCACGCGACAAGCAGCGCGGCGUGCAGCGGGGUGUGUACAUCGACGCCGGAGGCGGCGGCAGCGGCGGCUUCGGAUCCUGGAUGCAGAAAGACGACGUGUACACAGAACAAGCCCAGGAGGCUCUGCAGCAUCUGUAGGAUGAAAGAAUACACUCCACUCCUCCUGCACAUCAAACUACCGCUACAGACUCAUUCUGUGCUUCAACCUGAGGGGCCUUGCAAGAAACAAGAGGAUCUUUUCUGAGAAAUGCAUCAAGAGGUUUAUUUAAAUACAGAAGAGACGAUACGUUGUCAAUUUAGAGACUGUGCAGCUUCGAAAUGCCAGAGAGUGUUUUAGUUUUCCAGGAAUCGUUUCCGCAGGAGGUGGUUGACCCACGUUGAAGGAUGGGAGAGGGUGGAUGUUGACGAGACGGGAGCAUCAAGCAAAUUUAUUUCGACUGAAAAAAGGACGUUUUCCAGAUUUUUAUUUCUUAUCAGUAGAAGGUGAAGCUGCAAGGGAAAGUUUGACACGGUUUAGUUUUACGGUAUUUUAACAUCUCAAUCCACGACAUCGGUCCCGACAUGUGAUCACCAGCAGCAUUUAGCGACUUCUAAGCGGCUCCACAGAUCAACUCUGCGAAUAGUCAUGAUUUAAACCGGUUCCAGCGCCAGGAGAAACACAGUGGUUACUGGACAUACUGGAGGCCAUUUCUGCAAAGAAAACAGCGUGACUGAGUGAAGGCGAGGCCAUGUCAAAACGGUAAACUAAAACUCAAAAGCAAAUGAUAAAAAUGGCAAGCUUUGGCUUUAUGCCAUGAUUGAGAUUAUUCUAAUGUUAUACCAUCGACGUCUUCAACUUUUUUUUAGCAUAAGAAAUUAAAUUUAGGAGAUCUUAUCUCAUUAAGUUACAUUAAGCAACCUCCCUAGUUCUGAUUAAAAGACCUAAAUACAUGCCGUAUCCCAGAGUCAGCAUAUUUUUUACAUUCAAAUCUUGUAAUUUAUACAUACCGGUAACAAUAUUUUAGUAAAACAAAGAGGACAAGGGUUUUUAAAUUAUUGUGUGCUCGCCCGAUUAAAAACAUAAACUCAUACAGUUGACACUUUUGUUUUGUGGAAGUGAUUUCUAUUUUCUCGUCCAACUUCCUCAAUAAAAGUGGAUUUAGGUUUCUCCUUAAAAAGUAUAGCUUUGAAAUCAAUCACUGUAGCUUUUGUCAUAGACUUACAGUAUAAUAAUUAAUAAUUUUGAGAUAGCUUAUGUAGCUUCUAUGUGACAUUUAACAUAAAAAUUUUGACAUCAGAUUUUCUUGGCAGAAAUGGGAUUCCAUAGAAAAUGUUAUUGUUCAUUAUGGUCACCACCAAUUAGCAAUACUUCUCUACCAGUUGUAUCUGAAUGUGUACAAUAAUCCUCCACUAAUAUACUUCUGCAACUCUAACGAUGCCAAAUCAGCCCCAGUGUCUGGUGCCAAACUUUGCAAACCGCCAUUAAAUUGAAACGGUUGGCUUUAGUUUCGCCGACUUAACCAAAACACUUUGUUUUAUAUCCGCUUUAUUUCAUGAUUUCAUGCAGAUGUUUCUCCGUGCGACACUACUUUUACACAAGUCAUGGGAAAAUGUAUAUGGAAGGCUGUGUUUAAUAAAAAUAAAAAUAAAAAAAAGCUCAAAUCUACAUAGUUGUAGACCACGUAAUACAGAACAAACACCAUGUCGCUGUCCUCUGAAUGGAUCAUUUUCAGCACGGAGAUAAAAUAUUUUGGAUGAGAAGUAUGCAGUUUUUAUUUUGUUUUAUUUUUUUUUUGUUAUGUUUUUGCAGUUUGUGCUUCAUUUGCUGCAGUGAGAUAAGCUGUGUGUUUUAAUAGUGACAGCACUUUAUCCUUAUUUACGCUCCGCAGUGAGCCGGAAUAAAUUAUUGUAAAAGGACAAGAAUGCUAUAUAGCAAGAACACGAUGAUAAAGGCAAGUGUGUGUGUCUGUGUGUGUAAUUAAGCAAUUUCUCUCUUUUUUUCACAUAAUUAAGCCUGGAAGGACAAUAACACAGAAUUAAAGGGAAGACCAGACUCAAUAUUUCUCUUCUAUCAUGUCUGUACUCUGACAGGCAGAUGUAACAAAAACAUCAUGACUCCAAUUCAAACCUGUUUCUUUAGUAAUUAAAGUCAUUAACAUGAAAAA